AUUUCCCAAACUUUUUUUUUCUGCCAUUCCCACAGCUUGCACUUGAGAAUCCGGGCAGACGCCACAAAGCAUCCACCUGAGUGAGAUAGGAAGAUGAGCACAGACACUCUGGAGCAGUCGGACGCUCAGGCCGAGCAGCAAGAGCAAAAAGGACUUGGAUUUCACCGACAGAUAAAAACCGAGGACAUCAACGACUCACCUCACUUGAACGCCUCGCUGAAGACAUGUCACAUGACACAGAACCUUCCCAUGCACGGAGGUCAGAUGACUGGGGACCUGACAUCUCUGCACACCAUGCAGCAGUUGGUUCUGAUGCAACCAUCUCACAUGUCAUCUCACUCACCCUACCUGCUCUCACAGAACCCCAACAGCCAUCAAGCGCUUCUGCAACAGAACCUGAUGUCCCUUCCUGGACCGAACCACAGUGGUCUACUUCAGCACCAGCCCGGACUGGCUUUGACUCCACAGGCCAUGAGUCGCUCGGGCCUGGUCGGACAGUCCUUGGACAACCACAUGGACCUGACCCACCUGCAGAUGCCCAAGCACAUGGCGGUCCCACCACAGGAGGAACCAAGUGACCUGGAGGAGCUGGAGCAGUUUGCCAAAGCAUUCAAACAGAGACGCAUCAAACUGGGUUUCACGCAGGGUGACGUUGGCCUCGCCAUGGGAAAACUGUACGGAAACGAUUUCAGCCAGACGACAAUCUCUCGCUUCGAGGCCCUCAACCUGAGCUUCAAGAACAUGUGCAAGCUCAAACCUUUGCUGGAGAAAUGGCUGAGUGACGCAGAAAAUUCACCGUCCGACUCCAUGAGCAACCCCACCUCUCUGCCCCCUCUGAUGGAAGGAUACGGACGCAAAAGAAAAAAGAGGACCAGCAUUGAAACCAACAUCAAACUCACGCUGGAAAAACGCUUCCUUGAUAACCCCAAACCCAACUCAGAGGAGAUAACGCUGAUCUCAGAGCAGCUGGCCAUGGAAAAAGAAGUGGUUCGGGUUUGGUUCUGCAACCGGCGCCAGAAGGAGAAGAGGAUCUAUUGCCCCGUGGCCAGUUUACCCGUCAAGUCGCAGGGCUACAACUCCAGGAUGGCUGCAGUGUCCAGAUCCUACAGCCCCCUGGCUUCAGGUGGAGUUUCAUCAAAUUCGUCACCAAACAGCACGAGCCGUGAUGUUUCUCCCAACAGCCUGUCUGCGGCCUCGCUAACAUCUCAGGUCAACCAGGGUCCUUACAGCACUCCGGGGUCCUGGUACCGGACAUGGAAUUCUACUGCGUAUCCCCACUGAGGAACGAACUGCAACCAUUUGUACAUUUUCGUUUUUAAAAGGAUGCACCAUAAAGCGUUUAUGGAGGCGGCAACCAGAAGAUGCUUGAAGUUGUGACUUAGAAGAAAACAAGGAUGAAGAAGAAGUAGAGGCAUACAGUCCAGCUCAUAAGCUUUUCAGCUCUGUGACUGCCACACUAUUUAAGCAGAUGGAAUGUACAUAUUCCUUAAGAAGCACUUCCUCUCCACCAUCUUUAUCCUGGGAUGGGUGAAUGUCAGGUGUUGCUUUGUCUAGAUUAAAAUUGUCAUCUUCCAGCCUGUCUACAUAAAUACAGUCACACAAUCUGUUAGGAGUAGUCGGGAAAAAAAGGGGCACCGUAGUUAUUUAAAGGACGUCCCGAUAGACAGGUGGGUUGUAACAACUUCAGAUUUUUUUGCAUUUUUGUUUACAAGUAUCAGUUAUCAAUUUGGUGCACGCCAUUAUAAUAAGCAUUUAACAAUUUUAAGUGUAUGUGAAAAUAAAUGUCAAAAACAAGCUGUAUUUCACAAGGACUAAUCAAUUGUCUUGUCAAUAUCUCUGGAAACUAAACUACAUUACACUUCUUUAAACACGAGAUACAUAUGCAUAAUGUAAUGACAGCCAAUGCAAGAGUUCCAUUUUUUUUCUUAGAUUAAAUAAAAUAAAAUGUUAACAAUAUUUAAAAAUAUAUUUUAAUUUAGUUUUUCAGAAUAAUUGUAUUCAUUUAACAAUGUGUUUAUUAUGGUUGUAGUUUGCGUUGGUGGCCAAAAUAAUACCACGAUGUAAGUACGCCCCCUUGUGGCUGACUAUGUGCUCAGCAUCCUUUGUGACCAGAGAUGAACUGACGAGAGAGCUCCAAGACUAGUUUGUCACAUAGGCCUAUGUACACUUUAAUGAUAAAAGAACAUUCAAAUAAACACUCUAGA